AUGUCAAGACUAACCCCGAAGCCAACGUUAAAGAAGGGUGGCAGUGAUCCGAAGACGCCCCAAUUGCCUCAACUAAAUCUGCCACUACCUUUCCCACACCUUUUGUCCACGGCCAAAAACAAAAGUCCGUCGAUUUCUGGGAGAUCAGUGAGGUCGAUUCGCUUCGAUAAACGGCAUUCACAUGACAAUGAGUCCGCCACUUUACAGGUGAGGGAAAUUUUUUUCUUCUUUCAACAGAAUUUCCUGGGGCAGGUUUUAAGAAAAAAGCUAGGUUAGAGGCAGAGAUUGCCACGGUCAAAAUGUGGGCUCCGGCUCCCGGCUCCGUGCAAAUUUUAAAAAGGUCUCCGGCUCCGGAGCUGUGGCAAUCUCUGGUUAGAAGGAGGGAUCGGAGUAUUUUAACGCCUUGUUAUAACCAGAGAUUGCCACGGCUCCCGAGCCCAAAGUCGGAGCCAGGCUUCCCAGCGGUCAGAAAAGUAAAAAUUUCGUGAUCUUGUUAAACCAAAUUGCUUGAAAAAACACUGCGGAGGAUGUGACUUGACUGCAAAAACGUUGGCUGUAUAAUCUUAUGAUCACUAAUAACUUUUAUUUUAGGAAAAAUAUUAAAAAAAAAAAAACAUUUUGCAUAGGAGCCGGGAAUCGGAGCCGGAGGCCUUUUUAAAUUUUGCACGGAGCCAAGAGCCGGAGCCGGAGCUGCAAAUUUGGCCUCGGCUCCGGCUCUGGAAGCUAAGAGCUGGAGCCGGAGCCGAAAUUUUGACCGUGGAAAUCUCUGGUUAUAACACUGACCUCUCCUUACUUUGCAUGGGGACUCCCUAAUAAAGAGCGCUUCCAUUGCAUCGUGGAAGCAAUCCGUAUACCGCCAAAUGGCUCCAAAAACGGAAAUUUUUGCUCUCUCCGCAAAGCGACACUAACGUAUUUUUGGAGUCAGAGUAUUUGGCGGUAUUUGGGAUACUUUUUUGGACGCAAUAACUUUGAGCCUUUGAUAAUUUCUUGGUCUUCAAAAAUUUGUGGAUUUCAGAACCUUUGACGAAUUUUUUCCAUUUUUUGAGUGUAGACAAAGUAAUGUGCUUAUGGCUUUGUUGACAAAAUAAGAAGCCUUUUUGUCAAUUUUAGUUGGCUCUCGUUGAAUUGGUCAAACAAAAGAAUCAAUUAGACCAGAAGUUGGCUAACAACACCCAUUCCUUCAAAGAUGUCCUCAUUUAUUGCAAACGGACGAUCGAAAAACAGGAUGAACAGGCAAGUUUUUGAAAGUUGAAAAAAAAAAUUUGGGGUAAGAGUUUAACAAAAAUUACAUGAUCACGUAAAGAUACACCAAAUCGGCAAUAUCGUAUUUUAAAAUGGAGCUUCUGCGAUUACAAAAAAUUGAUAUUUUCCGGACUUAAAAAAAGAGAAAAUGUUUUUUUUUUCAAAAAUUCAACCCAAAAAAAUUGAAAAAUUAUCGCAAAUUCGUCAAAUUAAAAUCAAAAAAGUAUGUUUUUUCAUUUCAAAAACUCAAUUUUUUCGAAAUUUUUCAUUUUAAAAAUAAAAUUUUUUCGUCGUAUUUUACCCAAAAACCCAAUUUCACAUUCAGAUUGAACGUCUCGACGAGACGAUUGGCAAAAACGAGAAACUUUUCGAAGAAAAAAUCGUCAAAGAAAGACUCAAAGCGCAGCAAGAAAUGGAGGAACUAAAACUGGCAGUGGACCGAUUGAACUCUGAGAAUUUGUUGAUGAAAACCCAGCUCAGCAAUUUGGAGCAAAUGGACUUGGAGUUGAAGGAAAUGCGGCAAACAAUUGAGGAUUUGAAGAAGGAAUUGGAGGAAAAAAACGAAAAAAUCGGAAAAAGGGAGCUCAAGGAGAGGGAGCUGAUCAUUAUUACCACGGAAAAGUGAGUGCUGAGGUCUCAAUGUCAUGAAAAAAAUUUUUUGAAUUUUAAUUUUUUUGCAAUUUUAAAAAUUUUCAGAGUCCGAAAGGAGCUGGAAAAAGAGUUCGAAGAAGAAAUCAUCAAAGUGAAAAAGGAAAUGCGCAUUCAAAAUAUGGCACAUAUGGAGGCCAAUCAACAUGUAAGUACCGAAAAAUUUUGGUUAUUGGACGUUAUCUGGGCAAAUUAUAAUUUGCCCAAUCUGCCCAAUUUGCCCAAUCUGUCCAAUUUUUGGUCAUAUGACCUGUCAAAUUGUGGUUUAUUUGAGAAAACAUGAAUUUGACGGGUCAACUUUAAACUUUCCCAAUCUGUCCAAAUCUGACCUGUCAAAUUGCAAUUUGCCCAAUUUGACCGGCCAUUUUGGGAAUAUGGCCCGUCAAAUUGUGGCUUAACCCUGGAAAAAUGAAUUUCACGGGACAGCUUCAAACUUAAUCAACCUAUCUUAUCUGACCGGCAAUUUGAAAUUUGACCAAUUUACCCGCUUAAAAUUUCAAUUUUACCGCCAGCACCAAAUUUUGGGGUUUUUUGGAUAUCUUUUUUUGGAGCCCAUACCUACAAAAUCGUUUGUAUAAUAAAAUACCUCACAACAUACGAACCUCCUUUCAGCUGGUUAAAAAAGCCAAAGCCGACCUGCACAAGGCGCUACGAGAAAGGGACAGUUUACUGAGCAGUAAACGAAAAGCCGAAGCCGAAGUUGAGAUAAUGAGAGAGGAGGCCAAGAAGAGCGAAAUGGAGAAGAAAAGAGUUGACAAAAUAUUACAAAACUUUAACGAUGAAGCGGAGAAAAAGUUGAAGCAAACGGAGAAAAGACUGGCAGAUUGCGAGGAUCUCAGAUUACGAGAUGCUCAAGAAAAUGAGGAGAAGAUCAUGAAGAUGAAUAAGGAAGUAAGUUUGAUGACUAAUUAGCGUGUUGUUGAUGAAAUUCAAGAUGAGUUUGCUCUUAUUUUCAGUUGGAUGAGUUAAAAAUCAAGGCGGAUCAGAUGGACGUGGAUUAUAAGAAGAUGAAGGAUCAAUUGGAAAAUGAAACGGUAAGGAUUAUGGAGUUUUUUAAUAGUAUUUCAUAACUAGGCUUUCAGCUUUGGCAUAAGCUAUUCAAAUAUAAAUCCCUGAAGGUUUGCUUGCGGUUCCAAGCAAAAUCUUACAGGGGAGGUCUUUGACGUAGGUACUAUGACUUUUCGGCCCGACGACAGUCCGGGUAGAAGAUACUGUGGGUUGCCUCGAUUUGUCGUUUUGUUCAUUAGGGAGGCUAGGAGAAGUAUUAAAGGCGUCGCGACACUUGCGGGCAACCCCUUUGCGGGCAGCCGACAUUUUUUGCUUCGAAUUACGAUUUCCCUCCCGUAAUCUACAUAGUGCGAUUUAAAUUUUACAUUGACAACUCUCUGGUACAGAUAAAUCCAGAAAUCUAUUAAAUUCAUUCACUGCUUUCAAAGUUACACGAGUUUGUUUUCAAAAAACGGUAAAAAAUACAUGGAUAAGCUUUUGGUAACUAUUCAAGCCACUUAUACACCCGGAAGCUUAAUCCGCACCAUCUAAUGCCAAAUUCAUCGUUAGAAUUUCCUGUUGUAAACAAAUUUUGGUUGAUUUCAAAAGAUGUCCGCAGAAUCUCCGUGGUUUUUCAAGCUGCCCGCAAAGUGGUUGCCCGCAAGUGUGGGCCCGCCGGAUUAAAAUUGCUAGUUAUUAAUUUAGAAGUCAUGAGAUUGACAGUCCCCCCAGGAUAGAUUAUCACCCACUUUGAGGUGUUUACGUGUUAUAUUACGUCGGUAAUAGCUCGGUAAGGACUAAGCGUUUUUGUUUUUGAAGCGAGCUUAUGCUACAACAACUUAGGGUCAAGAAAAUUAGGGUUAGCAAUAGCCAAAGUUGAAGGAGAUCUCAAGCUGUAAGCCUUUGCCAAGCUUCCGCUAAGUCUUCGCCGAGAGUCUCCAAUGCUUCAAGCGGCGUUAACAACUCUUGUAAACAUUUGUAAGACCUUUUUCUUGGUUUGUGUUGACCCGAAUUUACAAAAAAAUCGAAAGUUUUGAUGAAAAAAUUUCAACAGUUACUGGAAAGCUGUAUGCAAAAAAUGGCCUAUAUUUCGUCUGAUUGUGAGCGACGUCUCAAUUCAAAUGCCCGCAAACAAAGAUGACACUUACCUUUUUUACCUUCUACAUUUACUUCUUUUCAAUUUCAGAAAGCCCGUAUUGACAUGUCUUGGAAGUUGACCGAACAAAACAAACGGAUCACCCAUUUGAAGGACUUUUUGAACACCGUCUUGGACACGAGUAACGACAGCUACAUUGACGUAAUAAUGGGAGAAAACCGAGCUGCCAUCUUUGGGAAACUGAGUGUCAUGGUCAACUCGAUUCCUGUUUUGUCAUUGUAA